CUGGAGGUCUUGGAGUUCUUGGGAUAGAAGGCUUUCACAGAGAUGUUCUGGCUCAGGACACCGCCCUUUACAUCAGAUGGAGGGUAGAAGGCGCUGGCAAGUCCUGUCCCCAAGGGCGGGGGAUGGAGGUGGAGAAAAACGCCCACACCUCGCCUCGCCCUGGUGCAGAUCGGCAAGUGGCAGAGGCGCGCAAGACCUCUGUCAUUUAUUUAUUUCUCUCUCCACCGGGUGCGCUGUCCCUUUAAAAGGGGACGCUGGUGCUGGCUCCCUAACACCGGAGCCGGCAGCUUGUUGAUUUCAGAGCUGGUGAAUUUCACAUUGUUUCCACUUCACUUUCCCUGUCCUGGGGGAGGUUCCGCGUGGCUCCACCGUAUCUGUCGCCCCUGCCAGGCUGGGCCAGGGGGGAGGACAGGGAGCUGCAGCAUCGCGGCGGGCGUGGGGCCGGAGGAAAGGGUUUCGGGGCCACACACGCACCCUCGCUGCAGCCAGGCUCCUCCCGGAGCCCGGCGCCGCCGGAGCGCACCCAGCCGGGGACCGCCCGCCUGGACGCCCGCCCACGGGCCAGGGCCGAAGCUCGGGAGCCCGAGCGGGGAGAGGCCCGGGGGGCGGGGUGCGGGACGGGGGUGGGUGCCGCCGCCGCCGCGGAGCUGCUGCUCGGCGCGUUUUGCAUGAAGAUGGCGGCUCCCACCGCCAGCAAGGCAGCCUCCCUGAGCUGUAACAACAAGCCUGCGUUCCCGGAGCUGGAUUUCAGGUCGGGAGCGCGGGUGGAGGAAUUGAACAAACUCAUCCAAGAAUUCACGAAGCACGAUCAGCGGGAAUACGACGACCAGAGAGCGCUGGAAAUCCACACAGCCAAGGAUUUCAUCUUUUCCAUGCUGGGAAUGGUGCAAAAGCUGGACCAAAAACUUCCCGUGGCAAAUGAGUACCUGUUACUCUCUGGAGGAGUCAGGGAAGGCGUGGUGGAUCUGGACUUAGAUGAGCUCAAUGUGUAUGCCCGGGGGACUGACUAUGAUAUGGACUUCACCCUUCUGGUACCAGCCCUCAAACUGCAUGACCGCAACCAGCCCGUGACACUUGACAUGCGCCACUCAGCCUUAUGCCACUCCUGGCUGAGCCUCCGGCUCUUUGACGAGGGCACGAUCAGCAAAUGGAAAGACUGCUGUACCAUUGUGGACCACAUCAAUGGCGCUACCAAUUACUUCUUCUCCCCUACCAAAGUGGCUGACUGGUUCUAUGACUCCAUCAGCAUCGUCCUAUCUGAGAUACAGAGAAAACCCCAGCGGGGGAUGCCAAAGGUGGAAAAGGUAGAAAAGAAUGGGACUAUCAUCUCCAUUAUUCUGGGUGUAGGCAGCAGUCGCAUGUUGUACGAUAUCGUCCCAGUGGUGUCUUUCAAAGGCUGGCCCGCAGUGGCCCAGAGCUGGCUCAUGGAGAACCAUUUUUGGGAUGGGAAGAUUACUGAGGAGGAGGUCAUCAGUGGGUUUUACCUGGUGCCUGCUUGCUCCUACAAGGGCAAGAAGGACAACGAAUGGCGGCUCUCCUUUGCCAGGAGUGAGGUGCAGUUGAAGAAGUGCAUCUCGAGCAGUCUCAUGCAGGCCUACCAGGCUUGCAAAGCCAUCAUCAUUAAACUCCUGUCCCGACCGAAGGCAAUCAGUCCCUAUCACCUACGCAGCAUGAUGCUCUGGGCCUGUGACAGACUUCCGGCCAAUUACUUGGCUCAAGAGGACUAUGCAGCCCACUUCCUGCUGGGCCUCAUUGAUGACCUGCAACACUGCCUGGUCAACAAGAUGUGCCCCAAUUAUUUCAUCCCUCAGUGCAACAUGCUAGAGCACCUUUCGGAGGAGACCGUCAUGCUCCACGCGCGGAAGCUGUCCUCUGUGCGUUCAGACCCGGCGGAGCACUUGCGCACCGCCAUUGAGCAUGUGAAGGCUGCCAACCGGCUGACCCUGGAGCUGCAGAGGCGCGGUAGCACCACCAGCAUCCCCUCCCCACAGUCUGAUGGAGGGGACCCCAAUCAGCCUGAUGAUCGUUUAGCCAAAAAACUGCAGCAACUGGUGACUGAGAACCCGGGAAAAUCCAUCUCUGUGUUUAUUAACCCUGAUGAUGUCACAAGGCCUCAUUUCAGAAUUGAUGAUAAAUUUUUCUGAGUGCUUUGCUGAUUUUUUUUUUCUUGGUUCCAAAAGUCUCGUUAUGUGUAGUGUGGGUUGUGAUGCUGUAUUUCCGUUUUUUACAUAUCCAGCCUAAAUUGGAUUUGUUAAGAACAAAUUUAAGUUUCCUGGUUCUGCAGGAUGGUGCAGGCUCUGAAACAGUAUAUUACUAUUUCAUAAUCUGCCUCUGAUUUUGUUGUUUACGUUUUGUCAUUAUCGUUACCUAGUGUGUUUUGUUUUUGGAGAACUUGAGCCAUAGAUGAGAAUGCCCACGAAUCCUUUUGCUUUUUUGUUUUAUACUUUGUGCAAAUUUGCUACUGGGUAUGAGGAACCUUUUUUUUUUUUUUCAGGCACCAAGGAUUCUAUCGUUGUUAUUAUUUUGUGUUUGUUUUUGAAAUAAGCUUUUUUCCUUCUGGGUAUUUGAGAAUAUGAGCCUGGGAACUACCUGGCAUGUUAACUGGAUUUAUUUCUCUUCACCAGUGGCCAGAAUAGUCUACCCAUGUCCACCAAACUUUGUAAGCAUUGAAAGUGAUAGUGCUACCAUUGAAUGUAAUUGUCCUCAAACCGGAGAACUUGGAUGGCUUGGAGGGUGUUUCUGAUAUUUUUCCAAACAGAAUUAAGGUUUCCAAAUGUUAGUUUUAGUGUGUGUAAUUAUUUGAAGCCUUAUUUAAAUCCUAUUAAAGAACAUACCAUUAUAAUUGUUAUUUGCACUAUUGACAUCUUUGCCACUGUCAGAGUUGCAAUGUGUGUUUAAAUAUAAAUUAACAUCGACUCCUUAAAUGUUAUUAUUUUUCACUUAGCCCAUUUCUGUCCAUUAGUAGAAUGAUUAACUUUGCGUUUGUUUAGUUCUUUGAUUGUGGGGUCCUGUUUUGCUCUCUUUGAUAUUCCUGGUUCCUAUCUCACGGAGAACAAUUUUUAAAGCUUUAUAACUAUUAAUUGACUCCAUAGAAAGCUGGAGAAAACAUAUACUUGAUAAAGUACAUGUAUUUAUAUUUAUUUCUUUUGGGGUCAUAGAAAUAAACUUUUUUAAAAAAAUAAAGUCUCUUUACUUCUGAGAAUUUUGAGGAAGAAUUUAUAAUCCCCAAAUAAGAUAUGAUGUCUGUUCCAAAGCAGAUUUGACUACAGAGCGCAGGAACCAGGAUGUAUCUGUGGGGAGCAACCUUGGUGCACAGGGGCUCCACCUGUGAGUGAAGUUACUUGCCGGGUUUCAGCACUCUAAGGAAUUGGCUCUCUUUUUUGGUGUGGACUCCUGGCCAAUAUGUGUUUAAAGGGUCGGGGGCCUGAUCACCCGGUCAGAUGAUACCUGUGAUGUUUCCUAAUGAGAAACUCGACCAACAUUUUGGGUUUGGUCUGGAAUUGUCCAGACACAAACGCUGAACUUUAUCCAGUUGAAAUCAGGCAUAUGCGGUUUUGGGUUUUUGCAUGGGAAUUGAUGUAAUGCUUAUAAAUGAAAACAAAGUCAUUCAACCAUCUUAAGUCAAAUGCAAAGAUAAUAAUAAAAGAGAAACAUACUGGCCUUGGAA